UUGAACAACAGGCCCAGACUAUAACUUUGUUGCAAUCACAAAUCCAAACAUAUGAAUUCCAAGCCCAAACUAUUGCAGACCUCCAAGCUAGAAUUCAAAGAUUUGAACAAUUUCAUCAGCAAAUAGCAAAUUGUUAUAGUACUUUUCAUGUUGAGGAUAACCAAUCUCCUACCCCUUCUAGUGAUAGUACUAUAAAUUUUUAG